AUGCCGCCGCGCCGUCAUGGAUCCUUGGGCUACCACGGCGUCCGCGAGCGCCCCUCGGGCAUCUACUUCGCUGAGAUCAGGUCCGGCGACGUCCGCCUCAGCCUCAGCACCUUCGAAACCUCGCACGAGGCCGCCCGCGCGUACGACGCGGCGGCAUGGUGCCUAGGGAGGCCUCGUGCGCAGAUGAACUUCCACGAUGUCUACACGCGCGAGGAGGCGCAGGACCUCGCCCCUCCGCAUCGUCUAAAAACAAACCAGGACCGUGAGAAGCACCGUCGGCGGCAGCGCCGACUCCUCGUUGUCGAGGAGGGCGAGCGAGCCAUGGCAGAGUGGCGCCGGAGCCACCCGGAGGACGUCGCCGCCGAGAACGCCUUCUGGGCGGAGAGGACGGCAAGGCGUCGCGAAGAGCGGGACGACAGGCGUCGGCGCAAGGCACUCGCUAUAUCGCAGUGCGAGGUCGUCAACAACGGUGGGACGUCCAUCUUCACUUCUGAUGAUGAACGUUGGGAGGACGCAUGGCUAUCUACCUCAGACAGCAGCAUCCAGAGUGACGACUCGGAGUAG